AUGUACAUCAAAACAGCAGGUCUUACGACCAUCCUCCUUUCCAUCGCCGCUCCAUGGCUCUACGGCCGAGCGAUACUCCUCUCUCAUAUGAUCACCAAUGCGCCCCACAAGAUAACACCGCUUUCGACAUUCAAGGCCCAGGAGCACAGGCUCACCCACAGUAUAAGGAACUGUGAAGAUGGGCUUAUGGACGAGGCGAUGGGACUGGCAAUCCUGAGCUGCGACGCUGGGAGGGACAGCUGGAACACCGUUUUGGGAUACUUCAACAUAGCAGACGUGGUCAACGGCGGACUCUACCUCUACGAUUACUCGAAUGCGGAUCUUUCCGACGAAGAGGCCUUAAAGCGCAUCACGUUCUCCAACUUCCCAUCCGCCGAGACAGACUUUCAUCCUCUCGGUAUCGAGUACUACGCACCGACCUCCACCCUCUAUGUUGUCAAUCAUGCUAGAAGCGGUUCCGCCGUCGAGAUAUUCCAACUCUCGAUUUCGGACGGCAUAGCGACCCACGUUGGUACUCUCAAGCACGAACUUUUGCCAACACCAAACGCCAUCGUAGCCAUCAACGAGGCAGAAAUAUACGUCUCGAACGACCACCACUUUAGAGUCCGAUUCAAUCCCGUCCUCGCAAAACUAGAAACCUACAUCGGAAUUCCCGGCGGAAGCGUCGUGCACAUAAACCUCGCGAAGAACAUUACCAGGACGGUCGCUCGGGUUCCGAUGGCGAACGGCAUCAAGUUCCUCAACGAGACGACGCUCGCUGUAUCCUCGUCUUCUACGGAAACCGUGAGGCUGUACAACGUAACCGAAACCACCCGCGACUUGGUUUUUUUGAAGUCCAUCACCGUUCCAGAAGGAUCUCCCGACAAUCUUUCGGUUGAUGGCAAUGGGAAGCUUCUCAUCGCCGCACACAUGCAUGUCCCGAGUAUGAUGAAGAUCUCUCAGACGAGGAUCUGGUGCAACUCCCCAGAAGGACAAGGGACCGAUGUUUGCAAGGUGCGAGCGCCGAGCUGGCUUGGCGAAUGGAGCGAGGAGGGCGGUGUGAAGACGUUGUACCGAGGUGUCGAUAUUAUGACAGCUAGCACGGUGAUGAGAGACACCACUAGGGGCAUUGCGUUGGUCACAGGCCUGUAUGAUAGAGGCGUCUUGGUCUUCCGGGACUAG